AUGGCAGUUCCGCGCCGAGGCGCACGGCGCGGGGCGCUGGUCGCCGCUGGGCUCUUGUGGCUGGCGCCUCCCCCAGGCGCGUGGGCAGAGGGCCCCCCGGUCUCGAGGGUGCCCUUCCUGGACGGCGCGACGCGGUACUGCUACGAGGCCCUGGUGGCGGAUCCGGGGUGCUGCCGGGACAGGCAGCAGAGCUUCGGCGUCGAGAGCAUGGACAUCUCCCGCGCGGGCGCCGCGUGGCGGUGUGUAGCGCCCGCCGAGGGGGGGGACUGCCUGGACAGCAGGCCGGGCCCCAGGGGGGAGGACCGGCUCUGGUGGCCCAGAGAGUCGGACUGCAGCACCCCCAGGGUGCUCUACGUGCACGGCGGGGAGUGGCGGUCCCACGGACCCUCGCAGGGCUCCUACGACGUCCUGGCCUCGAAGCUCGCGGACGCCUCCGGGGCCCUGGUCUUCGUGCCCGACUACCGCCUGGUCCCUGUCGGGAACGCCUCCGACGCGCUCCGGGGGUUGCUGGAGGCGUGGCGCUGGCUCUCGUCGCACGGGCCCGGCGGCCGCGACUGCGGCGGCGCGGGGACGCCGCCGCUCUUCGUGGGGGGCGACUCCGCGGGGGGGGGCACGGGGCUGUCGCUGGUACUGAUGCUGACCGGGAAGGUGGACGUGGGGCCGCCGGCCGCGGGCUACUUCGGCUACAGCCCGUGGCUGAACCUGGCGUGCACCACCCCGACGUAUUACAGCAACGCCUUCGCGGCCUUCGCCGACGACUCCGGCGACACGGACUACAUCGGCGACAUCUUCCACCGGGGCAUGCCGGGGAGGACCAGCGCGGAGCAGAGAGCGCUGGCCCUGGCGUACGUCGCGGGGAUAGAGGACAUGCUCACGGACGCCAUCGUGUCGCCUUUCUUCGCCACCGAGGCGCUCCUCGGACCCUGCCCCCCCUGUACCUGGCGCUCAGCACCUCGGAGGCUCGGGCCGGGGACAGCGUUGUGA